AUGCUUGCCAUUCGCCCAUCAAUCUGUAGGGCGUGUCGCAAGGCCCAGAUCCGCCCCACGAGAGCGUUUGCAACCGCCAGCGGUCCCAUCCAGCACCCGCCCCGCGACAACUAUGUCAAGCUCGUCGAGGUCGGCCCUCGCGAUGGCCUCCAGAACGAGAAGAAGACGAUACCCCUCGCGACCAAGAUCGAGCUGAUUGAGAGGCUCGCCAAGACUGGGGUAUCUACAAUUGAAGGAGGUUCUUUUGUCUCGCCGAAAUGGGUUCCCCAGAUGGCCAAUUCAAGCGAAAUUCUCGAGCACCUCCUUACCCGAAAGGUCUCUUCUCCAGCUCAAACAUCAUACUCAUUCCUCGCACCGAACAUUAAGGGUCUGCAAAAUGCCCAGGCGCUGCUGGCCAAAUACCCCGGCGCUUUCGCAUCACAACUCCAGCCAUCAGCUGAUGCUUCGACCCCCGCUGUCGAAGUUGCCGUGUUCGCGGCAGCGACCGAGUCUUUCUCAAAGAAGAACCUCAACUGCGAUAUUGCGACGUCACUAGACCGCUUCCGUGAGGUCAUUCGGGCGUCAAAGGCCGCCGGCCUCCGCGUUCGCGCGUACGUCUCUGUGGUCCUCGGCUGCCCCUUUGAGGGGUACGAUGUCGACCCGCACAAGGUCGCUGAGAUCUCGACGGAACUGCUGGAGGCGGGCGCCGACGAGGUGUCUUUGGGUGACACCACCGGCAUGGGAACCGCUCCCCGGACCAAGGAGCUGUUGAACUGCAUGAGGGCUGCGGGAAUCCGCAACGAGGAUAUCGCGAUGCACUUCCACGACACGUACGGCCAGGCUCUAGUUAACACGGCUGUGUCUCUGGAGCAUGGUAUUCGCACGUUUGACAGCAGUGUUGGCGGUCUUGGAGGAUGCCCUUACAGCCCUGGUGCGACUGGCAAUGUGGCUACGGAAAACAUGAUUUACUUUAUUGAGAGUCUGGGUAUGGAUACUGGUAUUGAUCUGGACGCCAUGUCGGAUAUUGGUGCUUGGAUCACGAGCGAGUUGAGCAAGGCCAAUGAUAGCACUGUUGGAAAGGCUGUUUUGGGCGCCAGAUCUCGUGAAGCGGCGACGGCCGUCCAAGCUGACACUGACACACUGAGGCCGAUAAUGGCACCGGGAAGCUCCCAGGCGUGCAAGGCCCGCGCCCCAGUGAUCUUAUCGGCGCCACCUCAGCUUGCCGAGCGGGCUCCACCAAGACGAAGCAAGCUCCAGUGCAGUGCAUUCGACGACACUGCACCGACCUGCCAACCUCCUCCAGCUACGUACAUCGCAGCGCCUCGCAUCGUCUCCAUCCAUCCGCCCGCCCACGCCCUUCCUAAUCGCCCACCCUCGACCCAACACGCAUUGUCUUCUAAAGCAAUGAGUGAUCCGCGGGAGCCCUCUUACUCCAUCGUGCCGAGAAUUCGGUACAACACCGUCGGCGGUGUCAACGGACCCCUCGUCAUCCUCGAGAAUGUCAAAUUCCCUAGAUACAACGAGAUUGUCUCCCUGACCCUGCCCGAUGGAACCAACAGACAGGGCCAGGUCCUCGAGGCUCGAGGUGACCGAGCCGUCGUCCAGGUCUUUGAGGGAACAUCAGGCAUCGAUGUUAAAAAGACGAAAGUCGAGUUCACCGGCCAGAGCUUGAAGCUUGGUGUGUCGGAGGACAUGCUGGGUCGUAUCUUUGACGGUUCCGGACGAGCUAUCGACAAGGGCCCCAAGGUCCUUGCUGAGGAUUACCUCGACAUCAACGGCAGUCCCAUCAACCCCUUCUCCCGUGAAUACCCCGAGGAGAUGAUCUCGACCGGUAUCUCUGCCAUCGACACCAUGAACUCCAUCGCCCGUGGACAAAAGAUUCCUAUUUUCUCCUCGUCUGGUCUGCCACACAACGAAAUCGCUGCCCAGAUUUGCAGACAGGCCAGUCUGGUCCAGAAGCAGGGUAUUACCAACAAGGGUGUUCACGACGGCCACGAGGAGAACUUCUCCAUUGUCUUCGGCGCCAUGGGUGUCAACUUGGAGACCGCUAGAUUCUUCACCCGCGAUUUCGAGGAGAACGGCUCUUUGGAGCGUGUCACCCUCUUCCUCAACCUUGCCAACGACCCUACUAUCGAGCGUAUCAUCACUCCUCGUCUCGCGCUUACGACCGCCGAAUACUACGCCUACCAGCUCGAGAAGCACGUUCUCGUUAUUCUUACCGAUCUGUCCGCUUACUGCGACGCUCUUCGUGAGGUCUCAGCCGCCCGUGAAGAAGUCCCAGGUCGUCGUGGUUACCCCGGUUACAUGUACACGGAUUUGUCUACCAUUUACGAGCGCGCCGGUCGUGUUGCGGGUCGCAACGGUUCCAUCACCCAGGUGCCCAUUUUGACCAUGCCCAACGAGGAUAUCACUCACCCCAUUCCCGACUUGACGGGUUACAUUACGGAGGGUCAGAUCUUCGUCGACAGAGGUCUUUACAACCGUGGUAUCUACCCGCCCAUCAACGUUCUGCCGUCUCUGUCUCGUCUCAUGAAGUCUGCCAUUGGUGAGGGCAUGACCCGCAAGGAUCACGGCGAUGUUUCCAACCAGCUCUACGCCAAGUACGCCAUCGGUCGUGACGCUGCUGCCAUGAAGGCCGUCGUCGGUGAGGAGGCUCUGUCAGCCGAGGACAAGCUUUCUCUGGAGUUCCUCGAGAAGUUUGAGCGCCAGUUCAUUAACCAGGGCCAGUACGAGGCUCGCACCAUUUACGAGUCUCUCGACCUCGCAUGGAGCUUGCUCCGUCUCUACCCCAAGGAUCUGCUCAACCGUAUCCCCGGCAAGGUUCUCAACGAAUUCUACCAGCGUGCGGCCAAGGAGGCCAAGGACAAGGGCAAGCAGAGACAGCAGGUGCAGCAAAACGAGGAGAACCUGAUUGACGCAUAA